GUAUCAUCAUCCACUGUUACUGGUAAUGGGAUAGACCCAAUCAAGAUUAAUAUGUGUGAUGACCAUACGGUUUCAGGAUCUAUCUAGUCCAUUGUCGCUGGGCAUGGGAUUUGCCAAGCUCAGGACCUACGUGGCUUGAUACACAGGCUAAACAAUAUCCGAGCACAGCGGCCCGGUUGCUUGCGCGUGGUGAUCAUUUCAUGUCACUGCAGCUUGCAUGGCCCACAUCAUGAAUGCUUUUACUUGACGAAAUCGGAAGGUGAAACUGGUUUUGGCGGUCAUUGAAUUGUACUUCAACAUUACGACGAGGUUUGUAAAUGAUUUCAACGACGAGGUGUGGUCGACAGUUUGCUCAGAGCCCAGUCCUUGUAGGGAUGUGCCAGAAAGCGGUGGAAAUUCCAGGUUUUAUGUUAUCGAUGUUGAUAGUGAUCAGGCAGGAAGACUGUGGAAGACGACACAUGGAUAGCUUCCCGGGGCCCGAACUACCGCAAGAUGAGCCCAACGUUGCGGAAUGACUUUUACCACAUCUUUGCCUGUGAUCCAGGACGAUCAGCGAGGGAAUCGGAAGAAGGAGGCGCACUCACCGCAGCACUGCUCCAACUCUUGCCCUACAAGUUACCAAUCUCGGAGAUCUUCAAAGCAGCGGCCAAAAGUGUGAGUUGCCAGCGGCCGUGGGUGGAUAUGCGGCCAGGAACCCGCGAGCCCAUCCUAGGCCGUGGAUCGAAGAGUCAAAACAAACCCCAUCAACACAGGGUGCAAGAGUGAGCUGCGGGGUAGAUGCACAUAAUUCACCAAAAGGUGUCCACAGUAUGUCCUGAUUGAUUGAUUUUUGUGUGACUACGUGCUAUGUCUCGGCCUUUGGACGGGUAGACCCUCCUGUAGGAGGCCAUGUAGCAGCGUAUAGAUUUUGUUCAUGUUAAUGUUGCUUCGUUCACUUGAUCCAGCAACGUUGCUGUCGAUCACCAGCCAGUCAGGUGAUCUCCCUUCGGAUUUGCCAGUGCUUUUGGGAUCUACUGACCGGCUUGGGUCAAGCGAUACAUUGGCCAAGGAAGACAACGAUGAAACGUCCAACUGCAGCAGCGAUGUUGAAUUUGUCCCCUCAGAUUUUGAGAUCUUGAGGUUCUAUUGGUUGCCCAUCAUGUCUUUGGUUGCUUUCUUCAUUCAUGCCCUGCUCCUCUUCUUGUGGAUUCUGGGCGUUGUCCAUAAACAAUAUGCCACUCGCCUUGCUAUGCCACCUGCUCUCUCAUUCUUAGCAUUGGCAAUGACGUGCCAAAAUGGCCAAGCUCAACAUUCCACGAAUGCUCGAUGCGGCUCAACUUUCAUGACGCGCUUGCGUGGAGUGUGGUGGGCGAUGGCCAAGUAUGCGUUCGGUGGUUGGGGAGCUUCCUGUUUCUGUGUACUUGGCUUCGGUGAAGUCGUCAAAGAGCAGGACUGGGUUGCUGCUGCCGUCAGCUGGGUAUUAGCGAUUGCAGCCGCUUCUGUGAACAAUCAUGGAUUUGCGGUCAUCGCCAACCUAUGUGACAGGUCCAGCGAUCAGACACGCAGACGGACAGUCUUCUUGUGGGGCCUUGUUUGUUCUUUGUCCCUAGUUCUGGCGCACAGUGGUCAUUUUGCAUUGAUGUCCGGUGAGGAGGCAUUACAUCAAAUAGAGUUUCGAUUUCAUUUUUUCAUGUUGGUCUUUCUUGCAGCAUGGUAUUUGUGUGUGGUGCAUGACUCUGAUCCUUCGCUUUCUGCUUGUGGCAGCCAGUCGAGCCAUGCGGUUUCCACGUACAUGAUGGUGCCUUUUCUUGCGAUAAGUAUCCCAUUCAUCCAAUCCAUUUCAUUUGUGGAUGCAAAGUGGUCCUCGUCUUGGCAGCUGUGGCUUUUGGUCGAAUACGUUGCAUUGUACCUUAUCGCGGUGGUUUGUGACAAGUUCAGACCAGAAGGAGUCGAAGCAACGCUGGUAGCGGAUGCUUGAAAGUUUGGAAUUCGGAACUGAUGCAGCU